UUCCCCACUUUCCGAUUUCUCCCCGUCCUCUCUCUCGACAGCUCUAAACAGAAAACUCCGCAGAUCGAUUGGCCGGAGCUCACUGAGUCGAGUAGGCGCAGAAGGAUGGAGAAGAUGGCGGUUCUGAGGUCGGUGUGCCGCUCGGCCGUAGCUUCCCUGAGGUCCUCGCGCUCCGCCGUCGCAACCGGCGGCGGCAGCUUCCUCCUCCGCCGCCACCCCGGCGCCGCCCGCAGCUUCUACCGAGCUUCCGCUGCCGCUCCUCCCAGCCGCCUCGGGGCUGAUUGCAGGUCAGCUCUUGCAAUGGGUCUUGGAAGCAGGCGCUACUUUAGUGAUGACAUUGAACACAUGCCUGAGAUUAAAGAUCCUCAGAUUCUAAAUGCAUUUAAGGAUUUGAUGGCGAAUAAUUGGGAUGAGCUUCCUGACGAUGUUCUUUAUGAUGUGAGGAAGGCACUAUCAAAGAGUAGUGAGGACGAGGCUGGGAAAGAAAUUCUGGCUAACAUUCUUCGUGCAGCUGAAGCAGUCGAAGAAUUCAGUGGUAUACUUGUAUCCAUGAAAAUGGAGCUUGAUGAUAGUGUUGGACUGAGUGGUGAGGAUGUGAAACCUUUACCGGACGAGCUAAGUAAGGCUCUUCAAACAGUUUUCGAGAGAUAUACAGCCUACCUCAAUGCAUUUGGCCCUGAAGAGGGCUACUUGAGGAAGAAAGUGGAGACAGAAUUGGGAACAAAGAUGAUCCACCUAAAGAUGAGAUGCGGGCGCCUUGCCUCUGAUUGGGGAAAGGUUACUGUUCUCGGAACUUCUGGACUUUCUGGAUCAUAUAUCGAGCAAAGAGCUUAAGAUGAUAAGGCAAAGGGUUUCAGGAGCAUUCCGCAUGUGGAAUCAAUCAUUGUUAGCAUUAGGGAAAGGUUCGUUUCUCUUGAAAGAACCUUCACAAGUAGAAGUUGCAAUUGAAAUAAGGAUUUUGCUUUGUUGAUCGAAUGGCUUGGGGUUAGAAAGAGUGAUGUUUUCGUGCUUGCUCCUGUCAUGGAUAUAUUUCCCCAUUGAAUAAUUAAUCCUGCAAAUGUUGUUCAUUCUCCGCUUGGAACUAUAAUUGAGCUGAUUUCUCUUUGCCUUCGUGUA